ACGGACAAGCGUUAACAGGCUCGGUAACCAAUCAGUGUGCGUUAUAUUCGGUCUUAAUGUCAAUUGUUCCGGUAAGUGGCGGCGUCCUUGCGGAACAGAAGACUGCGCGGUCUUGAGACGUGCCGGGAUGCGACCACGUUUAACUGCGCACAAAGGAUUUCCUGAGCAAGUGGUAAUGUUGCUGUCUUGAUGGAGUGAUCUUUCAGCCAGAAUCCAAUGGCCUCUGUGGAGCUGCUUUACAUAGAUAAAGAGAGAGGACGAGACAAUCCAAUGAAAAUCCCCGAUCGGGUUUUUCAAGAGACAAAUUGUCUGCCUGAAGAAAUGACCCCCAAGGAACACGAAAGCAGUUUGCAUGGGAAAGCUGACGUCGGCGAGCUUCAGCGUCAUUCAGCACCAAAGAUGACCCCCAGCAAAGGCAAGCACUUUCAUCAGGAGAAGGUCAGAGUGUGUUGUGACGAGGAGCUGGAGACGUCUUUCACUUACGUUGAUGAAAACGUCAAUCUGAGACUGGCCACUCCAGACACAAGUGAGAAAAGCCUCCAUGAUGGGACGCCUUGUCCUGACUCCCCAAACGAGAACCGCCUUGAAUUUUCCUUAAUGUCCGACCUGACUUCUGAGAGCUCAGGAAAGCCGGUAGAUUAUGGAUUCAUCAGUGCCGUCACCUUCCUGGUGACAGGAAUAACUUUAGUGAUCAUAUCUUAUUCUGUCCCUCGUGACUCGGGAGUAAACCCAGACACUGUCUCUGCUCGAGAGAUGGAGAGACUCGAGAGCGAGAGUGCAAGGCUCGGGGCGCACCUGGACCGGUGUGUUAUUGCUGGGCUCUGCCUUCUCACGUUAGGCGGGGUAGUGCUUUCAACUCUGUUGAUGAUUUCAAUGUGGAAAGGAGAGAUGUACAGGAGAAAGGCCUUCUCAUAUUCCAAGCACUCAGCAAAGUUGUAUGGCUCGACUAAUUUGAGAACAAAAUCAAGCUCCGCUCACUCAUCAGCACACAAUUUUGUUGAGGAAGACUCUGGUGGUAAUCCAAGUUAAUUUUUUUUCUCUCCGUAAACCUAUGUAGAAGAUUGCAGCAUACCCCCAAAAAAUGCUGCUGUUGUUUUGAAGGACUUUUCCACUGCACACUGGUCCAUAAUCCAAAUAAUCUAGAAUUAGUCUUGUCUAGGUAAAGCACCUGGGUCACUUUCUCCUCACAAAGCAUUUAUUUGAUAGCAGAGGCUUGUGGAUUGGCAGCAUCAUUUUUUUUUGCAGCACUAACAAUAGCACCAGAUCCAUUUUUUUUAUACAUGCCCUGAUGAGGGCUUCCACAAACUUCUGUUGUACUUGAAAUUUUUAGACGUUACUACUGAAAAUUGCUGUGCCUUAAGGUAAUUCUAUGUAGCUAGUGUUUUUUCCCCUCCUUGUGUGAUACCACGACAAUUCUGUGACAAUCCAAUUUCACUAUACAAACUGCGUUAUUUAUCUUCACUGGUACGUCCCUGUUUGGUAUCCGUAUAAGAAGAGUAACCAAAUUUGUUGUCGGCAUUUAUUCUGCAAAAAAACUUAUCUUAAGUAAAAACAUCUUGAAUGUAGUAAAAUGUU